UUAAUUAAUUAAGAAACAAAGAGAACUAACUCUGUUGCUCUACUAUCACAUAGUACCAACUUCCAAAUUAGAUCAGUCAUGGCAGCUAAGCCCCAAUUGCAAAGUGGCGAAGGCUCUUCCCAUUGGAAAUCUUCUACUGCUAAAAUUCCGCAACCAAAGUUCUUCAAGAUUAUAUUAAUGCUGCCGUCUAAGGAUUCCGGAAGACUUUGCCAGCAAAUAUUGCAAGAACAUGCUAAACCCUGUGUAUCUUGAGGUUCCCACUGGAGAAGUAUGGGAGGUUGAAGUGGUUCUUUCUCAUGGCCAAAUUUGUCUAGGCAUUGGAUGGCAAGAUUUCAGAGACUUCUAUUCAAUAAGCUGCGGGCACUUUUUGAUGUUUGGAUACAAUGCUCGUUCCCAUUUUAAUGUCAGUAUAUUUGAUUUGAGUGCAUCAGAAAUUGAAUAUCCAUACAGUUCUGCACAUGGUAUACACACUCCCAUUUUCCAUUGCCAUGAAACACACCAUGUACCAAAAAGAGACCAGUCCGGGUCGGAUGAUUCUGUAGAGAUCGUAGAGGAUAUUCCAAGAAGCCAGAAAGCGAAAGCAAAAAUUCCAGAUGUGGUUGAGCGUUCUGUUGAAAACCCAGGCCAUUGUCCGUUAGGACAAUGCAGCAAAAGAAAAAGACAAGAAGGGGAUGCGGAGCAUGAUGUUUCAGUUGACGUGCAUGUCAAAAGAAUCAAGGUUGAGAAGUUGCAAGAGGAUGUAGCUUCACCCUCUUUCUCAAGAGAGGGCCAAAAACAUGGGGAGGGCACUGAAAUUGAGCAUUCUGUUGAGAUAUUGGACCAUUGUCCAUCAGGACAUGACAGCAAAAGAAAAGGACUGGAAGGGGAUGCAGAGGACGAUGUUUCAACUGACAUUCACAUCAGAAAUAUCAAGGUAGAAAAGUCACGAGAGGAUGUGGCUUCGCCUUCUUUCACCAGAAAGACUAAAAAAAGCACAGAAAGUUGCAGGAUGCACAAGCAACAAUCCAAGAGUGUUUGUGAUCUGAACAAGACAGUAAUGGACAAAGAGAGGGCUAUAGCCUAUCAAAGAGCAAUAGCUUUUAAAUCUAAGAAUCCAUUCAUUAUAGCUUUUAUGCAACCAUCGUAUGUCUUGAAACCGUACAUUGUGUCUGUAUCGUUGAAAUUGGCUAGGAAGUAUUUUCUUGAGAGCUACGGCAACUUACUGCUUCGUGUUCCAGGCGGGGGAUCUUGGUCUGUCACACAUACUAUCGGAACAGCAAAUGCUAAUGUUUAUUGGAAGGAAUUCGUGCUGGACAAUAAGUUAAAAUUUGGUGAUGUUUGUGUAUUUGAAGUGAUUAAGGGCAGUAAGCUCUUGAUGGAUGUUACUAUAUUUCCAGCAGCUGGGAGCACACCAAUGCAUAAGAUAGCUCGCGAAGAGCCAGGGGUUUGUGAUUGUAAAAACAAGAUUAACAAUACUGAUAAUUUUGUUCCAUGUUCUCAAUCCAAAAUUGUUCAGACCAAGAAAUUAAAGCAGCAAAGAGGAGGUUCAUAUGGCUCCGGUUCAAAUAGUAAAGAAGAACAUGGGGAAGGCACUGGGAUUGAGCAUUCUGUUGAGAUUUUGGGCCAUUACCCGUUAGGAAAGAGCAGCAAAACAAAAGGACCAGAAGAGGAGAUAGAGGAUGAUGUCUCAAUUGACAUUCACACCAAAAGUAUCAAGGUGGAAAACACACAAGAGCAUGUAGCUUCACCUUCUUUCACAAGAAAAACCAAAAGAAGCGGAGAAAGUUGCAGGAUGCACAAGCAACAAUCCAAGGGGGUUUAUGCUAAGAACAAGACAGUAUUGGACAAAGAGAGGUCUAUAGCAUAUCAAAGAGCAAAAGCUUUCAAAUCUGAGAAUCCAUUUGUUAUAUAUUUUAUGCAACCAUCAUACGUCUCGAAACCAUACAAUCUACACAUAGCGUUCUUAUUUGCUAGGAAAUAUUUCCCGGAGGAAUGUGGCAAUUUAUUAGUGCUUCGUGUUCCUGGAAGAGGGUCUUGGCCUGUCAAAUACGCCCUGGGUAUAUCAAAAACAAAAAUUUGUUUCUCUUGGAAGGCAUUUGUACUGGACAAUAAGUUAAAAUUUGGUGAUGUUUGUGUAUUUGAAUUGAUUAAGGGCACUGAACCCACUUUAGAUAUCACUAUAUUCCGUGCAACUGAGAGCAAAGCAAUACAUAAGAUAGAUGGAAAAUUGGCAGGAGUUUCUGAUAGUAAAAACAAGAUUAUCAAGACUGAGAAUUCGGUUCCAUGUUCUCAAUCCAAAAUAGUUCGCAACAGGAAAUUGAAUCUUGAAAAGAAGAAGAAAGGAGAUUCAGAUGGAUUCACUUCAAAAAUUAAAGAAGAACUCAGUGAAGAUACUAGGAAGCAUGUGCAACAAUCCAAGUCUUCUUGUAAUGGCAGUGCGGUGGCCAAAGAAAUAGUCUUAGCAUAUGAAAGAGCAAAAGCUUAUACAUCUGAAAAUCCAUUCUUCAUAUGUUUCAUACAACCAUCAUAUGUGUCUUCUGCCAGCGGCCCGAUGCAAUUGUCCAUAACGCUGUCAAGAGCUAAGAAAUUUUUUGCCACUAGACAUAGUGAUGUGGUGCUUCAAGUUUCAAGCAAGAAAUCAUGGGCUGUAAAAUGCAUUCUUGGAACAUUUAACGCUAAGUUGACCUCUGGUUGGAAGGAGUUUGUGCUGGACAAUUACCUAAAAGUAGGUGAUGUUUGUGUCUUCGAAAUGGUUAGUAGAGCCAAACUUUUGUUUAAUGUCAUCAUAUUUACUUCUGCGGAAGGUAUGUAAGAUGGUUCCACUUGUUUAGUACUUUAAACUCCUAUGAAUUUUUUGUUUAACUAGUCUAUUUUAGUUGCUUCUUUUUGAAAGGGAUGGAAAAAAAAUGUAUAUUACUCUCCCUGCCUUUUGGUGUAUUUGAUUUUGUAAACUUAACUUUUUGUAAAGAGUGGAGCUUGCUCGACUCCCUGUUGCAUAGAAUGUAUUGUAUAGAAUGCAACUCUA